AUGGAUUUAAAAGGGAGUUGGCAGACGGUGUCUUAUUCCACCACCCGAGAACCCGUCAAACCAUCCAUGGAUCCAUACAUGAACUUGUGUCAUGUCUCGCAGGAACCUCGAUGCAUCCAGGCUGUUUUUCUUGGCAUCGAGGACCUUGAGAGGACAGGGCUGGCUUGGCGAGACUUGGCACGGCUUGGCAAUCACUCACGAAGGAUUCACUAG